GGUGGGGCGGGCCAGGAAGCCAUGGAGUUCUGUGCAGCCUCGGACUCCCGGGGAGCGGACUAGGGAAACUUGGAGGCUGCGGCCAGGGUUUGGCGUUAUUGUCAGCCUCCGGGAGAGAGAUUGGACAAACAUUCUCCAGAAUCAGCAGGGCGACGCCAAGGACUUUCCACACCAACUGCUCUUGGGGUUUGUCCACAGCUCGGAAGAGUGACCCUUUCCGUUUUGCGUGGCGUCCGUGUGCUACUAGCGCGGCGACUGGGUCCCGGCGUGACUCCGAGUUGUCCUUUCCCGUGAACUCGCCAUGGCCAGUGAAGACAAUAAUGUCCCAUCCCCGCCACCAACAGGUGAUGACGGGGGAGGUGGGGGGAAAGGAGAAGAAGCCCCUGCCGAAGGGGGUGCCUUGUCCCUGACCCCAGGACUCCCCAUCAGGGGUAUCAGAAUGAAAUUUGCCGUGCUGACGGGCUUGGUUGAAGUUGGAGAAGUAUCCAACAGGGAUAUUGUAGAAACUAUCUUUAACCUGUUGGUAGGAGGGCAGUUUGAUUUAGAAAUGAAUUUCAUUAUUCAAGAAGGUGAGAGUAUCAUCUGCAUGGUGGACCUACUGGAAAAAUGUGAUGUUACUUGCCAAGCAGAAGUCUGGAGCAUGUUUACAGCCAUUCUGAAGAAAAGUAUACGAAAUCUUCAAAUCUGCACUGAAGUGGGCCUUGUUGAAAAAGUGCUUGGGAAAAUUGAAAAUGUUGACAAUAUGAUUGCAGAUCUUUUAGUUGACAUGUUGGGAGUGCUGGCUAGCUACAAUUUGACAGUUCGAGAACUAAAGCUGUUCUUCAGUAAACUUCAAGGAGAUAAAGGACAAUGGCCUCCACAUGCUGGAAAGUUGCUGUCUGUGUUAAAGCACAUGCCACAGAAGUAUGGUCCUGAUGCCUUUUUCAACUUUCCAGGAAAGAGUGCUGCCGCUAUUGCAUUACCUCCUAUAGCCAAAUGGCCAUACCAGAAUGGUUUUACAUUUCAUACCUGGCUUAGAAUGGAUCCUGUAAAUAACAUCAAUGUGGAUAAAGAUAAACCAUAUUUGUAUUGUUUCAGAACCAGUAAAGGUCUUGGUUAUUCUGCUCACUUUGUUGGGGGAUGUUUAAUUAUAACAUCAAUAAAGUCAAAAGGAAAAGGCUUUCAACACUGUGUGAAAUUUGAUUUCAAGCCACAAAAGUGGUAUAUGGUAACUAUAGUGCACAUUUAUAACCGGUGGAAGAACAGUGAGCUUCGAUGUUACGUGAACGGUGAACUUGCUUCCUAUGGAGAGAUAACAUGGUUUGUCAACACGAGUGAUACCUUUGACAAGUGUUUCCUGGGCUCAUCGGAAACAGCAGAUGCUAACAGGGUAUUCUGUGGUCAGAUGACUGCAGUUUACCUUUUCAGUGAAGCUCUUAACGCCGCUCAGAUUUUUGCUAUUUAUCAGUUGGGCCUGGGAUAUAAGGGUACAUUUAAAUUCAAAGCAGAAAGUGACCUGUUCCUUGCUGAGCAUCACAAGCUUUUAUUGUAUGAUGGCAAACUCUCUGGUGCCAUUGCAUUCACAUACAAUCCACGCGCCACAGAUGCCCAACUCUGUCUGGAAUCAUCCCCUAAGGACAACCCUUCAAUUUUUGUUCAUUCACCACAUGCACUCAUGCUCCAGGAUGUGAAGGCGGUUUUAACACAUUCUAUCCAAAGUGCCAUGCAUUCAAUUGGAGGAGUACAAGUGCUGUUUCCACUUUUUGCACAGUUGGAUUAUAAGCAAUAUUUAUCUGAUGAAAUUGACUUGACUGUAUGUUCAACUUUGCUGGCUUUUAUCAUGGAGUUGUUGAAGAACUCAAUUGCUAUGCAAGAGCAGAUGCUUGCCUGCAAGGGCUUCUUGGUAAUAGGAUAUAGUCUUGAAAAGUCUUCCAAAUCCCACGUCAGCAGAGCAGCACUUGAGCUUUGCCUUGUAUUUUCAAAAUACCUGAGUAAUCUGCCGAAUGGGAUGCCCCUACUCAAGCAGCUGUGUGACCACGUUCUCCUUAACCCAGCCAUAUGGAUUCAUACCCCAGCCAAGGUGCAGUUGACACUCUAUACUUACCUGUCCACGGAAUUCAUUGGCACAGUCAACAUAUAUAAUGCCAUUCGGAGAGUUGGGACAGUGCUUCUCAUAAUGCAUACUCUGAAGUACUACUACUGGGCAGUGAAUCCGCAGGAUCGGAGUGGUAUUACCCCCAAAGGAUUAGAUGGACCACGACCUAAUCAAAAAGAAAUGUUUUCUCUACGAGCAUUCUUGUUGAUGUUUAUUAAGCAAUUAGUAAUGAAGGAUAAUGGAGUAAAGGAAGAUGAACUACAGGCCAUUCUUAAUUAUCUACUCACUAUGCAUGAGGAUGACAAUCUAAUGGAUGUCCUACAGCUGCUUGUUGCAUUAAUGUCAGAACAUCCUAACUCUAUGAUACCUGCUUUUGACCAAAGGAACGGGUUACGUGUUGUCUAUAAACUUCUGGCAUCAACAAGUGAAGGAAUCAGAGUACAAGCUCUCAAGGCAAUGGGCUAUUUUUUAAAACACCUGGCCCCAAAAAGAAAAGCUGAAGUCAUGCUUGGACAUGGGUUGUUUUCAUUGCUAGCUGAAAGACUCAUGCUUCAGACAAAUUUAAUCACAAUGACCACAUAUAAUGUCCUUUUUGAGAUUCUCAUAGAACAGAUUCACACUCAAGUGAUACAUAAACAGCAUCCAGAUCCUGAUUCUUCAGUAAAGAUACAGAAUCCUCAGAUAUUAAAAGUAAUUGCAACCCUACUUCGAAAUUCUGUCCAGUGCCCAGAGAGCAUGGAAGUUCGCAGAGCAUUUCUUUCUGACAUGAUUAAACUUUUUAAUAACAGUAGAGAAAAUAGAAGGAGUUUGCUACAGUGUUCUGUGUGGCAAGAGUGGAUGCUUUCUCUCUGCUAUUUUAAUCCUAAGAAUUCAGAUGAACAAAAGAUAACAGAAAUGGUUUAUGCCAUAUUCCGAAUCCUACUUUACCAUGCAAUCAAAUAUGAAUGGGGUGGCUGGCGUGUGUGGGUAGACACUUUAUCAAUCACACAUUCAAAGGUCACUUUUGAAAUACACAAAGAAAACCUUGCCAAUAUAUUAAGGGAACACCAGGGAAAAGUUGAUGAAGAAAUAGGGCAGUGUUCUUCAAAUCCAGUUCGAGCAAUCUCUGGCAUUAGCAGGGAAGUUAAUGUUUCAGUAGGAUCCCAACAAUCAGAUACAAAGGAUUCUCCUGUGUCUUCUGAUAUCACUAGAAAUAGUGAUGAAAAGUCAAGUAUUGGGCAGACAAGUUCAGUAGAAUCUGCAUCCAACACUGAACUGCAAAUUCCUGAUACAUCUAAUGAAGAAAGGACAACUGGGCCAGAAAAUCAGGAGUUAUUGGAUGAAGUCCCUCUGGAAGAAACACUGAUAAAUGAAACAGUUAAUGGAGAUGAUUUAGAAAGAUCUUCUGACAUAACAGAAGCUGCGACCAUUUCCUCUGAUUCUUUUACAACUGGCAAAGAUACAGUGACUGUCAAUGAAGUAACUGCUUCCAUCAGUUCUCCUUCAGAAGAAGAUGCUUCAGAGGUGCCAGAAUUAUUAGAUAAGUCCAUAGUAGAGGAAGAAGAUGAUGAUGAUUAUGUAGAACUGAAGGUAGAAUGUAGUCCUGUUGAGGAAGCCAGUCUUCCCACAGAGCGCCAACAUAAUAGUUUGUCUCCAGGUGCUUCUGAAGCCAGUGAGAGAGUGAAUGUGUUUAGUAAUGACCAUAAAUUAUUUCAAGAGGAAGAAACUGCAAGUAAGAAACAAACUGACACUGAAACUCAAAAUCCUAAAGAUUCUGGAGUCUUGUCUAUGACAGCAUCAGGGGCUUCAGCUACCUCACCAGAUGCGCCUGCUUCCCAAGCAGCUGUACAUUCGGACAUUGGUCAUGUGCUGGAGGAACGGGAGAAAACUAGCUUCACUGGAGAAACCAAACUCAAUAGUGACUCUCGUGGUAAUAUCUUUGAGUCUCCUGCUGCCUCUGAGCGUAAGAUUGCCAAGUUGGAUGUUUCCAGUGUUGCUACAGAUACUGAGAGACUGGAAUUGAAGGCCAGUGCAAAAAUUGAACUUCCUUUAUUACACUUUUUAACUUUCUCUAUUAUGUCAAGGCAACAGGAGCAGCCAGGGCAAGGAACAGCACCCGACACAGUUAAUGGACAAAGGAGGGAUUCCAGGUCUAUGUUCCGUAUUCCUGAGUUCAGAUGGUCUCAAAUGCAUCAGCGUUUGCUCACUGAUCUAUUAUUUUCAAUAGAAACAGACAUACAGAUGUGGAGAAGCCAUUCAACAAAGACAGUUAUGGACUUCGUGAAUAGCAGUGAUAAUGUCAUCUUUGUACACAACACAGUUCAUCUCAUCUCUCAAGUGAUGGACAACAUGGUCAUGGCUUGUGGGGGUAUACUGCCGUUGCUUUCAGCUGCUACAUCCGCUACACAUGAGCUGGAGAAUAUUGAACCUACUCAAGGGCUUUCGAUAGAAGCCUCUGUAGCAUUUUUGCAGAGAUUAAUUAGCCUUGUGGAUGUACUUAUAUUUGCAAGUUCUCUUGGCUUCUCUGAAAUUGAAGCUGAAAAAAAUAUGUCAUCUGGAGGAAUUUUGCGGCAGAGUCUCCGACUAGUGUGUGCAGUGGCAGUAAGGAAUUGCUUAGAGUGUCAGCAGCAGUCACAGCUGAGAAAUAAAGGCGAAGCAGGAAAAAGCCAGAAAAUGGCACACAGCCUGAUUCCCACUGGGAAAUCCGCAGCGAAGAGUCCAGUGGACAUUGUAACUGGUGGUAUAUCUCCAGUGAGAGAUUUUGACAGGCUCUUACAAGACAUGGAUAUUAAUCGACUUCGGGCAGUUGUCUUCAGAGACAUAGAGGAUAGCAAACAAGCACAGUUUUUAGCCUUGGCAGUUGUAUACUUUAUCUCUGUUCUUAUGGUCUCGAAGUACAGAGACAUUUUGGAACCCCAGAAUGAAAGGCAUAGCCAGUCUAGAGAAACUGGUAGUGAAUGUGGAAAUUUGUCACUCCCUGAUGUAGAAAACUCACCAGCAGCAUUGAGCCCAUUAACUCCAGCAUCUGUCGAAGAAUAUGAAGGCACUUCCUCUGCUCAAAGGAGGGACUCAGGCCUUGGGGAAGAAACAGCUCCUGGGCUAGGCAGCCGUGCGGACGUGGCUGCUCCCCGAGCCCCUCCGAGUGUCCGUGCAGGCCCCGAUGCCGUCACUGAGGCGCUCUGCACUCUUUCUUCAGAAGUCAGUCAAUCUCAGGAAACCAGAAGCGACGGAGGAAAUGAAUUGGAUAGCAAGGCUGCACCGUCAGUUCCAGUUUCAAAAAAUGUCAACGUGAAGGACAUUCUCCGAAGCUUAGUAAACAUACCAGCAGAUGGAGUCACUACCGAUCCUGCCCUUCUGCCGCCAGCCUGCCUUGGGGCUCUCGGUGAUCUCUCUGCUGAACAACCUGUGCAGUUCAGGUCCUUUGACAGAAGUGUCAUCAUUGCAACAAAAAAAUCAGCAGUCUUACCUUCCACACUUACAGGUAUACCUACCAAUGCUGUUAGUGUGGUUUCUUCAGUAGAUUCAGCUCAAGCCUCAGAUGUGGGGGGAGAAUCACCUGGUGGUAGAUCAUCUAAUGCAAAAUUACCUGCAGUUCCAACAGUUGGUUCAGUUUCACAAGACCAAGUUUCAAAUAUGAGCAUUACAGAGAGACUCGAACAUGCUUUGGAAAAGGCAGCUCCUCUUCUGCGAGAGAUAUUUGUAGAUUUUGCACCUUUUCUUUCUCGGACACUUUUGGGUAGCCAUGGACAAGAACUGCUUAUAGAAGGAACAAGUCUGGUUUGCAUGAAGUCUAGUAGUUCAGUUGUGGAGUUGGUUAUGCUACUAUGUUCUCAGGAAUGGCAGAAUUCUAUUCAGAAGAAUGCAGGCCUUGCUUUUAUUGAACUUGUCAAUGAAGGAAGGUUGCUUAGCCAAACAAUGAAGGAUCAUCUAGUAAGAGUAGCAAAUGAAGCUGAAUUUAUCCUGAGCAGGCAGCGAGCAGAGGAUAUUCACAGACACGCGGAGUUUGAGUCUCUGUGUGCCCAGUAUUCAGCAGACAAACGAGAAGAUGAGAAGAUGUGUGAUCAUUUGAUAAGAGCAGCUAAAUAUCGAGACCAUGUCACAGCAACUCAACUAAUCCAGAAAAUUAUCAACAUUCUCACAGACAAGCAUGGAGCCUGGGGGAAUUCUGCAGUGAGUCGUCCUCGUGAGUUCUGGCGCCUCGACUACUGGGAAGAUGACUUGCGGCGCCGGCGACGAUUUGUGCGUAACCCUCUAGGAUCGACACAUCCUGAAGCGACACUAAAAACAGCCGUGGAACAUGCUGCAGAUGAAGAUAUUCUUGCUAAAGGAAAACAGUCCAUCAAGAGUCAGGCUUUAGGAAAUCAGAACUCGGAAAACGAGACCCUCCUGGAAGGCGACGAUGAUACUCUGUCAUCCAUGGAUGAAAAGGAUUUAGAGAAUCUCACCGGUCCUGUUAGCCUGAGCACACCGGCUCAGCUUGUGGCCCCCUCUGCUGUGGUGAAGGGCACUCUUUCUGUCACCUCCUCCGAACUCUAUUUUGAGGUGGAUGAAGAAGACCCUAACUUCAAGAAAAUCGACCCCAAGAUCCUGGCAUAUACAGAAGGGCUGCAUGGGAAAUGGCUGUUCUCAGAGAUACGAUCGAUCUUUUCUCGUCGUUAUCUUUUGCAAAAUACAGCCCUGGAGAUCUUUAUGGCAAACAGAGUUGCUAUAAUGUUCAACUUCCCAGACCCUGCAACAGUAAAGAAAGUGGUUAACUAUCUACCUCGUGUUGGCAUUGGAACCAGUUUUGGAUUGCCUCAAACCAGGCGUAUCUCAUUAGCUAGUCCACGUCAACUUUUUAAAGCUUCUAAUAUGACCCAGCGAUGGCAACACAGGGAGAUUUCAAACUUUGAGUACUUGAUGUUUCUCAACACAAUAGCAGGACGGACUUACAAUGACUUAAAUCAGUAUCCUGUGUUUCCAUGGGUCAUUACUAAUUAUGAAUCGGAAGAACUGGAUCUUACUUUGCCAAGUAACUUCAGAGAUUUGUCCAAGCCAGUAGGAGCUUUGAAUCCAAAGAGAGCAGCAUUCUUUGCAGAGCGUUAUGAGUCCUGGGAAGAUGAUCAAGUUCCAAAGUUCCACUAUGGUACUCAUUACUCAACGGCAAGUUUUGUUCUUGCAUGGCUGCUAAGAAUAGAGCCCUUCACAACUUAUUUCCUAAAUUUACAAGGAGGGAAAUUUGAUCAUGCAGAUCGAACUUUUUCCUCAAUUUCCAGAGCUUGGCGAAACAGUCAGCGUGAUACAUCGGAUAUUAAGGAGUUGAUCCCUGAAUUUUAUUAUCUCUCUGAGAUGUUUGUCAACUUCAAUAAUUAUAAUCUUGGAGUAAUGGAUGAUGGGACAGUAGUGUCUGAUGUUGAACUUCCUCCUUGGGCCAAAACCUCAGAAGAAUUUGUUCGCAUAAACAGAUUGGCCCUGGAGAGUGAAUUUGUUUCCUGCCAGCUUCACCAGUGGAUUGAUCUCAUUUUUGGCUAUAAACAGCAAGGACCAGAGGCUGUUCGAGCGCUCAAUGUAUUCUAUUACCUGACCUAUGAGGGAGCCGUUAAUCUGAAUUCAAUAACUGAUCCUGUAUUGAGAGAGGCUGUAGAAGCUCAAAUCCGAAGUUUCGGGCAGACGCCGUCUCAGCUGCUCAUAGAGCCCCACCCUCCCAGAGGCUCUGCCAUGCAAGCGAGCCCACUGAUGUUCACAGACCAGGCUCAGCAGGAUGUUAUCAUGGUUCUAAAGUUCCCCUCCAAUUCCCCUGUCACUCACGUGGCGGCCAACACCCAGCCUGGGCUGGCGACUCCUGCUGUGAUCACAGUCACUGCUAACCGGCUGUUCGCCAUGAACAAGUGGCACAACCUUCCAGCUCAUCAAGGUGCUGUACAAGACCAGCCAUACCAGCUGCCAGUGGAAAUCGAUCCUCUCAUAGCCAGCAAUACAGGAAUGCACAGGAGGCAAAUCACUGACCUCUUAGACCAAAGCAUUCAAGUCCAUUCCCAGUGUUUUGUCGUCACAUCGGACAACCGCUACAUCCUCCUCUGUGGCUUCUGGGAUAAGAGUUUCCGAGUCUAUUCUACAGACACAGGAAAAUUGAUCCAAGUGGUGUUUGGCCAUUGGGAUGUCGUCACUUGCCUCACUCGUUCGGAGUCGUAUAUCGGGGGAAAUUGCUACAUUCUGUCAGGGUCACGUGACGCAACCCUUCUGCUCUGGUACUGGAAUGGAAAAAGCAGUGGUAUUGGAGAUAACCCGGGCAAAUUCAUCAAACGUGGUUUGGAGCAAUAUGUUGGCAGUGUUCAAGUUCAGGAUCAGAUAUACUUCGGCUACAAAAAAAUGUGUGCAACAGAGGGUGAAAAUAUGCAUCAUUCCGCUGCUAGCUGGCGUUUAUUGAGUGCUCCCUACAUGCGAGGCACAGCUUCAGAACGUUACACAGUAGCUCAUCAAUCCUCAUGGAUUUCAUUUGAGGGCUCCCUCAAAUGCCAGUCACCCGGCACGCAAGCUGGUUCCUGCAUCUGCACGGAGCACAGCCAGUGUGGUGCAGAGUUUGACAUGAUACCUUUUCACUCAGAAGCACCUAGACAGGCGCCCUGUAAAGAUGAAAAGCACUGCUCCGUGUGGCUGCUCGGCAAUGUCUUCACCUUCCUUACUGAGUUUUCACUGCGCCCCCCGCAGGCCCCGUCUUUCUACAACUGUGAUAUGGUACUGUCAUCCUGUUUGAUCUGUGCUCAGAUCACAUUUGUCUGUUCUUCUGAAAGAACUUCAUUUUGCCUUGUUUCUGUUUUCUCAGAGGGACCAUGUCUCAUACAUUCCAUGAAUGGAGACUUGUUAAGGACUUUGGAGGGUCCAGAAAACUGCCUGAAACCAAAACUCAUUCAGGCGUCAAGAGAGGGCCAUUGUGUCAUAUUCUAUGAGAAUGGCUUCUUCUGUACAUUCAGUGUGAACGGAAAACUCCAGGCCGCCAUGGAAACAGAUGAUAACAUAAGGGCCAUCCAGCUGAGCCGCGACGGGCAGUACCUGCUCACCGGAGGAGAUAACGGUGUGGUCAUGGUCUGGCAGGUGUCAGACCUCAAGCAGCUGUUCGCCUAUCCAGGCUGUGAUGCCGGGAUCCGGGCCAUGGCUCUGUCUUACGACCAAAGGUGCAUCAUUGCCGGCAUGGCCUCAGGAAGCAUAGUUCUCUUCUACAACGACUUUAACCGGUGGCAUCACGAGUACCAAACGCGCUACUGACGCUGACGGACAGCGGGGCCCAGCCCGCCCCAGCCUCAGCGCAGGACGUGCCCUGAGCGGCUUUCUCUUAGGAACAGCUAUCACGUCUGAAUGUAACUUAAAUGUGCUCCAAGAAGCAAAAUAUUUUUUAAAGUUAAUUGCUAUUUUUGUAGACUUUGCUUGACUUUUUUGGGGGUAAUAGCAAAGCAGAAAACUGGCUGCUGGGUUCUGUAGUUUUCAAAAAAAAUCUAUAUUUUUAGUCAUAAUGAGAAGUCUAUUUUCACCAAUUAUAGAAAUACACAGUGGAGUGAGUAAACCCACUUAUUCUAGUUAUAUAUGAAAAAACACUUCCCAUUUAUCUGUAAUCUUGAGAAUGUAUGAUUUUAACAAUAAGGAAAUGGGUUAUAAUCCUGGGAUGCGGGAAUUUUAUGCUGUACUUUGGGUUCUGUAUUCUUCCAAACAACAGUGCUUCUUCAGCACGGAAAUUUCUGGGAUUUAAAUAGUCAUGUUUAAAUUAUGGUAAAUGUAAUUUGAAACGUCUCAAUGAAUUAUUUCUAUCAAUAUUAUCUUUCAAGCAUGUUUUAGACCUAGAAAAUUAUGGUUUGGGGGAGGCUUACUUUAUUGUGUGGUCAUCUCAAAGGAUCUAUUCUAGCAAGUGUGAAAUAUUUGCAGUGUUUUCCUCAUCUAUCCUCAUAGCAAACCAGAAUGAAAUGAUGGGAGAUGUUCUUGGGCUCAGCACCUUGUUUUUCUUUUAAAGUAAAUGCAAGUAAGUACCAAAGCUCACCCCGAGGGUGCCCACAUACUGAGGCUGAACUCUGUUGGGGCUCCCCCACCCCAGGUGUAAGAGCAGCGGCUACUGGGUGCUGUGUGAAGCAACCCUUGUUUUACCUUCUAUUUGUUAUUAAACAAUCUUCCCCUUCCUUUUGAUUAGCAAUUUGUACUACGAAAAUGUUAUUUUGGUGUUGUAGACUUCUACUUUUCUAGUCGAUUGCUGUGUGGAAUUCUGUGAAAAAUAUCUGAGAAAAGAUCUGUAUUGCAUAAAUAAAUUCUUUAUAAGUUGAGAA